AUGGCGAUAACACCAGCAACCACGAAACGCCGGGUAAGGCACUCUCUUCCCGCGGUCCUGAUGCGAGCAGGUACAUCAAAAGGCCUCUUCAUCCACCGGUCUCAUCUGCCGCCAUCUGAAGCAGAGUGGGCUACUCCACUCCUCGCCGCCAUGGGAUCCAAAUACAACGAUGCCCGCCAAAUCGACGGUGUUGGAGGGGGAAGCAGCGUGACCUCCAAAGUUGCCGUGGUGUCACCAUCCACCAGGCCAGGCGUGGACGUCGAGUACACCUUUGUCCAAGUGGCCGUCGGAAGCGAGACUGUUGAUCUCAGCGGGAACUGCGGCAACAUCUGCUCAGGGGUUGGUCCUUUUGCCGUGCAAGAGAGAUUGGUUAGUAUGAUGCCUGGUUCUCGGGUAGUCGACGUGCGGAUAUUCAAUACCAACACAUCGAAACUCAUUGUGGAAACGGUCUACCUUGACCAAGACGGAAACGCGGAGGAGGAUGGGGAUUGCCUCAUCCCGGGCGUCAAGGGGCCCGGCAGCGAGAUCAAGGUUGCUUUCGUCGAGCCGGUGGGCAGCAUGAAGGGCAAGCUCUUCCCCAGCGGAAAUCGAUUCGAAAGGAUCCUCGUAGAGGAAGUGGCUUCUGUUGGUGACUUUGUGGUGGACGUGACUCUCAUCGACUCUGCGAAUCCUUUCGUUCUUGUUGAUGCUCAGAGUCUACCCGCGGAAGUCAAAACACAGUCCCCAGACUUUCCCCUAUCCAUCGAAGUCGCCGAGGCCAUCCGGAGGCAAGGAGCUGUACGGAUGGGACUUGCCAGCACAGUCGAGGCCGCCGGUCUGGUUAGAGGGACUCCGAAGCUGGCGUAUCUUUCGCCGCCAGUUGGUAGUCACAGAGAUGCGGCGGAUAUUCGAGUACAGGCUUACAGCAUGGGAAAGCCUCAUCCGAGUUUGCAACUGACGGGUGGUGUGACUCUGGCAUAUGCCGCCAUUAAGGAGGGGACCGUUGCGCACCGUGUUUCGAAUCGGGAUUCGGGGCUGGAGGGCAUGCCAACACCUAGGAGAACGCCGAGCCCGUCGACUACGAAUGCCUCAGAAGGCCCUAUCAUUGAUGGCCAAAAGAUUCAAGGCACCGUUCGCAUACAGCAUGGCAGUGGAAUCAUGGAGGUAGAAGUGUGGGCUCGUGACGAAGAAGAAGGCCUUGCGGUAGAUCGAUGCGUAGUAACGAGGACUGCACGGAGGCUGAUGGAGGGGAACGUGUUUUACUAUUCCUGA